AUGUUCAUAGUGGCGUGUCAUCAGUUGGUGCUUUUCGAUUUAAUCGUCUUGUUCAGUUUGGCGGCCAUCAACUCAUCAAAAGUUGAAAGCUCUUCAUGGAAAGAUUUUUUCUUCGGUAAUGGCUGGAAGUCGUUCUCAUCCAACCGUGAUGCCAGAAUUUUACCAAUUUUUACACUAAUACCCGUUGGGUUAACGUUAUGCUCGGCACCUUCUGGUGAAUAUGGAAACUGUUUGCCCAGCAAAGAUUGUGCUUUAAGACGUGGUAUACCGGCUGGCCCCUGUGGUGGAGGUUAUGUUUUGCAAACUUGCGGUGGUAUAGUUAGGGAAAACUCCACAUAUUUUGUUAAUCCAAAUCAUCCGGACACUUAUGAUGGUACCGGCAGUUGUCAGGUUACGGUACAAAAAUUGCAUCCUGACAUUUGUCAACUAAGGCUGGAUUUAGAUAUGUUUUCUAUAGCUCAACCCGAGUCCACAAAUCAUUUAUGCACACAAGAUCAAUUAUUAAUAUCGGGAAGUAGUCCUGUGCCGACGAUAUGCGGUUCUUCUUCAGGAGAUCACAUGUACGUCGACGCUGGUUUGGGUCAAAGCAAUCCUAUAGUUAUUUCGAUAAUAACCAGCGGCACUUUUCCGCGAAUAUGGCGCAUACGUGUCACUCAAAUUCAUUGUGGCAGCAUUAAUAGAGCCGAUCAAGGUUGCCUGCAGUAUUACACCAAUAUAAGUGGUCGUGUAAAAAGUUUCAAUUUUAAUACAGUUUCCGGUCGCCAACUAUCCAAUCAGGAUUAUAGUGUUUGCAUUAGAACAGAAAGAAAUUUUUGUGGCAUACAAUAUAACGCUUGUCCGGAUUUAGAAAAUAAUCCGCCGCGAUCUUUUACAAUAUCGGGCAACUCGAAUGAAGAGGUCGGCACAAUGGUAGGCGGAGGCACACAAAUGAUCGAAGAUGCGUGCAUACAAGACUGGCUAUUGGUCGGUUGCAUGCGUUCAGCUGACCGCAUACCACCGAUUAGCGCUUGUGAGGAUCGCGUGUGUGGCGGUAUAUUUAGUGCUGAAGUAGGCAUGGUACAGAAGACUGUGCAAAGCAGCGUUAGACCAUUUCGUUUAUAUUUUCACACCGACGGAAUUGAAGCGCCCACAGAUGUCGACAAUCGUGGCUUUUGCCUAGACUUUGUGCAGCAGCCUUGCACGAAUGGUUUUUGAAGCCUUUAAUGUAAAAUUAAAAACAAUCCAUUCGUUUGCCUUUUUAAUUAAUAUUAAACUUUAUUAUCAUGAUUUAAUUAAUUAUCAACAAACGAACAGUCCCUAAAUUUUUUAGAUUCUCACUGUUCAUUUUUCAUUUU